CCCAGGAUCCUGGAGGUCAGAAGUGGUCCUGAGGUGUUUCCGUGUGUCUAGUGAAGAAGGUCAAAUGGGCCCUGUGACCUUUGAGGAUGUGGCUGUGUCCUUCUCCCAGGAGGAGUGGGGGCUCCUUAGUGAUGCUCAGAGGCUGCUGUACCACGACGUGAUGCUGGACACCUUGUCCCUUCUAGCCUCCCUGGCCUGGACCGUGGGCGCUGCUGACUCCCUGAUGUCCUGGCAUUUGGCUGUUUCCCCAUCCUGUGUGCGCGCCGUGUCCCCGGAAGCCGUUCGCAGAAGGCGCUGGGCUCCGAGGCUGGAAGCCUGCGCGUCCGCCUCCAGUUUGUCUCCCCGCUGCUGCCGCGCUGAGUGUGGAGACGUGGGGGGGGGGGUCUGCAUCACAGGCUCCGCCUCCUGUUCUGUGCCCUGCCUGCCCCCUGGGUCCCAGAUACUUACCGCUGAGCAUUUGUGGUCCACACACACUCUUGUUUUUCAGUAUUCUCCCCACGGUUCCUACAGCAGUAAAUAUCUUUCCUCCAGUCUGUCAUUGGUUGAUUCCCUCUGGGCCAGUGUCUUUCUCAUAGUGGCCCUGUUUUCCUGUGAGGACUUGGAUCUGGUAGGUUCCACGGCCACCCAUCCUGAGCUGAGGGGUGGAGGCAGCCCUGGGUGCCUGACGAGGCAGACACCUCUCUAGACACAGGAAGAGGGUUGACUGGAUCCGGGGCUGUGAAGAGGAGCUGUAGGAAGGCGUGGCAGCAUCCGUCAGCCUCAUCCUACAAGCAGAUGUCCU